UCUCUCAAGUGGAACCAGGAAAUAAAUUGUUUUGUCUCCUUCAAAAGAAAGCAAUGCAAUUCCUUCUUCAUUUGAUAAGACGUCUGCUUGAUCGUCGGUUUGAAGCGUUAAGAUUGGACACUUUGCCAAUUUCCUGCACAUUGUCCUUUAAACGGUGAAAGCCUUAUAUGCUCUGGAAACCAUGAGUUUACAUACGAUUGUUUUUUUGGUCAUUUUAUUACCUGUAAUAAAUGGAUCAAAUGUCACCAGUUUAAUAACGAGUUCCAUGGCAAGGACUAAGAUCUUCCAAAUUGCAGCCACCAAAACGGCAGUGAGUUCAACAAAUACAAUUUUAUCUACAACUACAAAUCGAACGGCCGCCGAAGUCUCGCCAAGAGUCGGUAGAAAUUCCACGUUUGCUUUUAUAAAUUUUCCUUCUUCCACACCAAAUACAGCUUCGACAGUGACGAUUCUACAAUCAGAUAAUUUUUUCACAACGUUGAGUCCAACUGAAGGUAAAAUCAAACAAGAUGAGUCAAAUCUGCCUUUGAUCGUUGGAGUUGCUGCGCCUGCUGUGGUUAUCGUAUUGGUGAUUAUAGUUUUCAUCUGGUUUGUCAACAAACGGAACAAAUGGCGUAAAUUGCGUUCACAAGUUACAGUCUGUUACGAAAAUUGGGCUCGUCUUCUUAGUCAUUUAAAUCAUUCUUUCGACGCUCGUGCGUACGUCCUGUAUCGACGUUUGCCAGAGAUGAACACCUUAGAUAUUUCCGUGAUCUUCAUUAGCGAGUUUGUGGACAAGAAAAAUGAAAAAGGCAUAGUCCAGUUGGCUUAUCAUUGCAAAGAAAAUUUUCAUAUUGGUGAAAGGGGAAUGUUAAAGCGCGUAAAGACACGCCGAACUUACAAGAUAUGUUUGGAUUUUCCUGGAAGAGAAAAAACAUUUGAAAAUUUUAAAAUGGAUGAGCCUCAACUGGAUAGCAGUGGUUUUGUUGUUGAUUGCUUCAAGGGCCUGGUAAUGAAUUUUCCCGCCAAGGGAUAUGUGAACAUAAGUGAAAUAAAUCCCAAUGAUGGUAGUGAGAAGUUAAUAUGGAAACUAAACGUUUGUGAAGACGACAAAAUGGCCAGACCUAAAAUUAUAGAAAAUCCAGUUGAACCGCAUCCACCAGUUGUUUUAAGAAAGAAUUUGACACAUAAGGAAGUCACUCGAAUAAGUAGGAGAAUUGCAAUGGACUGGGACGGCCUUGGUGGUCUUUUAGAUAUCCCAUAUAAUGAACGAGACGAAAUUCGACGGAAUCACAUUGACUAUCCAGACAGUUUUAAAAGGCUGAGAAGAUAGUUGCAAUUUACAACGAGCAACAUAAUUUUAGUCGAAAUAUGCUGACGAAAUGUUUCGAGGAAACGGAUCGUGAUGAUAUCCCACUUGAGAUAGAAGAGAAUGUUGAUACAGAAAGCUCUAACGAAAGCUCUAGCGAAAGCUCUCUUGAUGAUGACGUAACAUUACGUCACACUCAUUGAGUUCUAUAAUAACUGGAGCGGCUAUCUCAAGCGCGGCCUUAGAUA